AUGGCAGCUCAACAUCAACCAUCACCAUGGUAUGCACAUAUUGUUAAUUUUCUAGUUUCUAGAAAAACUCCAGAACAGUGGGAUAAGAACAAAAAAAGUCAUUUCUUUUCUAAGAUUAGAAAUUAUUUUUGGCAUGAUCCUGAUUUAUAUUACUUGGGCAAUGAUCAAAUUUUAAGGAGAUGUGUUCCUGAAGAAGAAUACCAUAACAUUAUUAACAUGUGCCAUUCAUCUAACUGUGGAGGACACUUCUCUGGACGAAAAACAGCUGCAAAUUUUUUUCAGUGUGGUUUUUAUUGGCCUACAAUCAUUAGAGAUUCUAUAGAAUUUAGUAGAACAUGUAUUUCAUGCCAAUCUAUAGGUAACAUGAGUAAAAAAGAUGAAAUGCCCAUGAGUAACAUGUUAGUAGUCGAAAUUUUUGAUGUAUGGGGAAUAGAUUUCAUGGGUCCCUUCCCAUCAGCUGAAAAAUAUGAAUAUAUUUUGCUUGCUGUUGAUUAUGUGUCGAAGUGGGUGGAAGCUAUUCCUACUAGAACUAAUGAUCAUAAAAUUGUGAUGAAAUUUGUGCAGGAAAAUAUUUUUUCGAGAUUUAGAUGUCCUAGAGUGAUUAUUAGUGAUGGAGGAACACAUUUUACAAAUAAAAAUUUCAGAGAACUGUUGAAAAAGAAUGGAGUACACCAUAGAGUAGCCACUCCAUAUCAUCCCCAAACAAAUGGGCAAGCUGAAGUAGCAAAUAGGGAAAUUCAGAGAAUUUUGAAAAAAAUAGUUAGACCAGAUAGGAAAGAUUGGCCCACGAAAUUACAAGAUGCAUUAUGA